CCCCCCCCUUCAACGGUCUCCACCCUCUCCGUCCCUGUGUCUGGAGUUGCCUCCCCUCCUCGCCACCGGCGCGUCGAUGCCCGCCAUCCCGGGGCAAUGAGCGGUCCCCCCUACGGCGUUGGGAGCCCGUAUCCGCCUCCCAUGCCGAUGCCUUCGCCGCAUCCCGCGCGGUCCGGGCUGCCGACUGAGCUGCCCACCCCCUCGGCCCUCGGAGCCGUUUCCUCACGCAAACGCAGCCAUUCCUAUGCCACGGCGGAUGGUUCGCUGCACUCGGCCGGGACCUUCUCGGAUGCCGGCCGGUUCCCACCGGCCCACUUGCCGGAAGGCGGCUCCGAUCAGGCUCCCCUGGCCCCUGGGUCCCUGAAGUCCGAGGAUCAGAUGCUGCUGGAUGCCGAGACCGAUGCCUACGGCCAGAUCGAAGCCAACCCCCUGACUAAUGAGAUGUUCGACAGUGAUGCUGGCGGCUCGGAUGACGGCGAUGACGAUGACGAUGGUGACGGAUCGCCCAGCACGGCUGGCGCUCGGCGCGGCCGUGGUGCCCGGUCCGGCCGUGGCGCCCGGUCUGGCGCCCGAUCCUCCACCAAGAGCCCCUCCCCCUCCACCAAGACCGAGCGCAAGAAGAUCAACAUCGCAUACAUCGCCAACAAGAGCAAGCGCCACAUUUCCUUCUCCAAGCGCAAGGCCGGCAUCAUGAAGAAGGCCCGCGAGCUUUCCACCCUCACGGGCACACAGGUGCUCCUCCUGAUUGCGAGCGAGUCCAAUCACCUGUUCACCUAUGCCACGUCAAAGUUCCAACCGCUGCUCACCCGGUCCAAGGGUCUGUCCUUGAUCCGCCUCUGCCUCGGAGUACAGGGGAGCCUUAGCAUGACCGCCAUGUCCGGAGAGAAGCGCUCCGGCGGCCUGUCCGAAAGGUCGGUCCUGCCGGCCGAGGUGUUUGCCGAGGCCGAUGCCAAGCGCACGGCCCAGUUGGCCGCUCUGCAAGGCAGUGCCUCCGCGGCUGGCGCUGGCACGGCGACCGCGAACGCCGCCAUCGUGGUCGCCACCGGCGCCGGUGCCACCUCCUCCUCUUCGAAUUGCGUCUGCUCGGAUCCGAUGGCCUGUGCCGCGCGGCUGAUGGCCGAUCCGGAGUUUGCGCGCUUUGCACCGGAGCUGCUGGCUUAUAUGACGGCGGUUAUGGCUAGCAAGUCGACCGGUCGGGGUACUCCCGGUGGGGGCAUCUCUGCCUCUGCUUCCUCCUCGGUCGGUCUCUCUGCCUCGUCCUCUUCGGCGUCCCUGGCGCCAGGGGGGUCAAGCACAGCUGACACGCUGGGCGGCUCGCCGCCCAUUUCCGUCAUGUCUUCCUCCAGCCUGGCCCUCGGGCCUGUGGUGGCUCCAGGAGCCGCGGCCGGGGCCGGCUCCGGCGCCGCACAGGAGCCCCCCGCUGCCGUGCGCGACGCCGAAGACGAGACCCCGGCUGGUGGCAGCAGGAGGUCCUCCAACGCCGGGGCCUCCUCGGCGGCCUCGCCAACUUUGAUGUCCCUGGCUGAUGCGACUCUGAUGUCGUCGACGAUACCAGCGCCGCGCGAUCCGUUACUCCCGAGCCGUGGCGGGCCCGUCGACCUGACGCGCGACCCUGCUCGCAAGGGCCCGCUUGCCCCGCCCUACCCGCCCAGCCCGCGCGACCAAUUCACCAUCGACUUGAUCGACAACAGCUAUGACCCGGGUUACUACCAAAUGCUCCGGGGGGGCCCGGGUGGCGCCGGCGCCCAUGAUGGCCCUCCUGGGGGCGGUCCCUACCCCGGGUACAUGCCGAUGUCGCUGUCCGAACGCCGCGGCGGUGUGUACCCGCCGCCAGCCAACCAGCCCGGCCUCCCGGCAGCCAGCCAGCCCAGCCUGCCACCAUAUACCACUGAUAUGAUGAUGCCGCCGCGCUCCUUUGGUCCACCAGCGCGUGGGCCGGAUCCGCUGGCCGGCAUGCCGCCCAUGUCGCACGUCCGGCCAUAUGACCCGUUCUACAUGCGCGAAAGCAGCCCCGGGUACUAUCCUCCGCCUCAUGGGAUGGCUCGAUCGCCGAUGGACAUGGUCCCCCCGCGGCCGCAUGUCAGUCAGCCGCCGUAUGUGGUCCAGUCACACCACCACUAUCCGCCCUCCAACUAUGGGGGACUGCGGGAAUACGGCCAGCCGCCGAUGGCCGACACCCACGGAAGCGGCUUCUACAUGGGCAUGCAGCCGCCGCCCCUUCCGCCGAAGGGCCUGUCCCGGUCCGGGUCCCAGGGUCGAAUUCCGCUCCUGCUGUCGGGUGACAUGCAUCCACCGUCACCACUGCCAUGGAUCCCACGCAGUAGCAAUGGCAAUGGCAGCAGCGGCCAGGGCUCUGACGGUGUGUCGGAGCCUCCUUCGAAGCGUCGCUGCCGUGGGCCUGAUGCUGGCGACCCCUUGCCGGUGGUCGAUCAGUCAACCGGGACACAGCGCACUCGCGGCCUCGGUCCGGCGGGUGGCACCCGAGCCUCUUCAACCACCGCUGGCAAUCCUCAGCUGAAGUCCGAGCCCAUGAUGGAUCAACGUCAAUCGCAGUCACAGUCACAGCCACCAUCGCAAUUGCAAUCGCAAUCGCAAUCGCAAUCGCAGCAGUCGCAGCCACAGUCCCAGUCACAGCCACAGCCCCAGUCGCAGCCACAGCCCCAGUCCCAAGCGCAGCAGCAAUCCCAGGCACAGCAGCAAUCCCAGGCACAGCAGCAAUCCCAGCCACAGUCGCAAGUUCCAUUGCGGGAUCAGCCCCAAGCCCAAUCGCAAUCGCAGCCGGUUCUUGGAACUGAGCUCGAGGCGGAUGUCGUGUCCAUUCUCGAUGAUCCGGACGCCAUCUCCGCGGCCAAUGUCCUGCUUUCUGGCCCGUCAUCUCCGUCGUUUGCUGCUUCAACCGAUCCCCCGACCCAGGUCUCGCAUCCGGCGCCCGCACUGGCGGGCAAGCAGCCAAAUGCACAUCCCACCAGCGAGAAUGCCGGUCCCGAGGGGGCCCUGGGCAACUCCCCCCCCGCGGACACAGGAGCAGCUACCACUGGCCCAAAUGCCGGAGUGGAAAUCGUCCAACGCCCGGCCAAGACCCUGUCGACCAAUACCCGCGGCGGCGAGUCCGAUGACUCGGAUGCCGAGGCUUCAUCCCCUUCCUCGGAGCGGCAGCACCACCCCCACCAGCACCAGCAGCAGGGCGGGCACAAUGGCGGGAAUUUCGCCUUCCCGGAGUUUGGCUCCAUGGAUGCCCCCUUCAGCUACAUGAGCUUGACGAUGCCGUCGCCGCCGCCACCGUUUGUCGGUGGUGGGGGAGGCCUUGUCCCCCUGUCUCCCGGGGCCAGUUCCCUGCUGGGCCCCGGGGGAAACGUAGCCCCGUUCACCUUCCCGAAUCUCAUCCCCCAACCGACCCCGCAGAGGCCAUACCCGAUGGAUGCCUACGGCGGCGGGGGGAGCUAUUUCUACAAGGGCGGCGGCUGGGGGGCUGGGCAUAUGCCGACAUACCCAUUUGAUGCUCUACCUGGGGCCUCGCCGACCGACGACCUCCUCGGGGAUUAUCGGGCCCCGUCGCCGUUGCAGCUUCUCCCCGGGCCUGGCGGGGCCUUGGCCGGGGCCCCGGGGGCCUCAUCCACUGGCGGGCCCUUGAGCUUCUCGCAUCAGGACGGCGGCGCUGCCGCGUCCGGCAGCAGCCACGGCGGCACCGGCAACACCGAGCCGUCGGCCAAUGGGGGCCAAUCGCCGCCCUCCACACUUCCGUAUGCUCGUGGCGGGGGGUCAAAGUCCUCCCAGCAGUCUCAGUCGCAGCAGCCACCGGGUGGCCCUCAGUCUCAGUCUCAGCAGCAGCAGCAGCAGCAGCAGCAGCAGCCAUCUCAACAGCAGCAGCAGCAGCAGCAGCACCCCCAUCACUUCCCGCCUCUUCUGCCGUACCCUCCCUCGCCGGGAAAUGCCCUGCCCUAUCCCUCCUCCUCCCCGAUGUUCACCCAGGUGAUGCCCUUCGAUCAUAUGCCCUACUAUGGGGGCGGUGUGCCGGGUCCGGACUACGAUCCGUAG